AGAGAAAAUGAGCAAGCGAAUGGGAGAGAGGAAAAGAGAAAAAGAGCGAGAAAGAAAAUGAGUGUAACAUAUUACUUUCUUUAUCGUUGAUAGGCUGACAGAUAAAUUUUUUUUAUUUACGUGAACAACUGCAGCGGAAAAGACACAAAAGCCGGACAUUUGUUGAGAGUAUAUUUAUUCAAGUGAUAGUAUUUGAUAAAGUGUUGUGUUUGUUCUGUAAUCUUAGGUUAUAUUCGCGUACAACAUAGCACUUCACAUUAUCUUAUGUUGAAAUCAAGGAGAGCGAAAGUGAUAAUAAUGAUGAUGUCGUGAGUGGCGUAUGGAUACUUUUCGUUCCUGGGCGAUUGACGUAUUCAAUAAUUCUCAGAACAGAAUGGUUCGCUAAUAAUUUCUCUAUGCUCGAGAUUUUAUAACAGAGCGAAAAUCUUUUAUUUUAGGAAUAUGACACGCUCCCAUGUAAAGUAUCAAAUUGCUAGAAAUGAUGUUGAUACAUCCGAAUACUUGCCACAAAAUGUUCCAGAUUUCCAAAAUGUAACGAAGCCAGAAUCUACAUUUUGGAGAAAAGCAUUCCAUGUGUUUUUAUUGAUCUCUGCUUACUUUAUUUUGUCAAUAGGCCUUACAUUUUAUAAUCCAUGGCUUUAUAAUACAUAUGGAUUUAAUUUUCCACUUGGAGUAGUGGUUUGUCAUUUAGUCAUAAAGUUUGCACUAUCUGCGUUAAUAAGAUGCAUUAGAAGAUGUUACAAUGAUAAACGGAUAAAUCUUCCAUGGCAGAAUAUAAUUUAUUCAAUAAUGGUACCUGGUAUAGCUAGCGGUGUUGAUAUUGGUUUAUCAAAUUGGGCCCUUUCAUUAAUUUCGAUAUCUUUAGUCACUAUGACCAAAUCAACCACUAUUAUAUUUAUUCUUGGAUUUUCUCUUCUAUUCAAAUUAGAGAAAAAGUCAUGGUCUUUAGUAGGAAUAGUAGUAAUGAUAGCAGGAGGACUGGCGAUGUUCACUUAUAAAUCUACCCAAUUCGUCAUUCUUGGAUUUAUAUUGUGUCUUGUAGCGUCAUUUGCGAGUGGUAUUCGAUGGACUAUGACACAACUCAUUAUGCAAAGAUCCAAACUUGGUCUUCACGAUCCGAUAGACAUGAUGUAUUACAUGCAGCCUUGGAUGCUAUUACCCGCGAUAUCAGUGACUUUAUGGUUUGAAGGUGGAAGAAUAUACGACGGUAUUAGAAUUACCGAUUGGGACAAUAUCGGUAGCGUGUUUUUGACUGCGAGUGCUGUAGUAGCAGGUGCCAUUUUAGCAUUUAGUAUGGAAGUGAUGGAAUUCUUAGUUGUUACUUAUACCUCUAGUCUGACAUUGUCGAUCUCAGGAAUAUUUAAGGAAAUAUGUACAUUAGCGUUGGCCUUUGUAUUGAAAGGUGAUCAAAUGACUGGCCUUAAUUUUGUAGGAUUGUUAAUGUGCGUUGGUGGUAUAAUACUUCAUGUUGUCCAAAAAGUGUUACUUACCAGAAAGAAAGUAAUUGAUAAUAUGGAAUUGCAAUCGAAAACGCCGAGCAACAGUGCUAAACACGAAGAAGGAACUGAUUCAAAUAUGCCGUUAUUGACAGAAAAGUCAACGUCUUUAAUGAAUCUUCUUAAUGCCGAGUUUAGCUCGGAUGAGGAUGGUAAUUUGAAGGAAGGUGAUAACUCGUCCCAGAUACUGUCUGACAUUUUGCAGCGCAGAGAACAGUGAUACAUCGUGCUUUGAGACUUGAAGAAUUUUUAUUAAGAAGAAUGUUCCAAAUAAUAUACAUUUAUAGUUUAUAGCAUUUUAUAUUUUUCCAGUGUAAAUUUUACGACCAAUUAUCAAAUUAUUAAUAUCAUAAAUUUUACAACACAAAUUUGUCUUAUAAAAUUUAAUAUACCAGAACAAAAUUUUUAACGGUCAAUAAAAACUGAGAAAAGUUGAAAUGUAGAAGUGAGCAGGAAAAAUCCAAAAAAGUAAAAACAUCAAAGAAUUUAUUAAAUAUAUUAAAACAAAAUUAAAUUACUAUGACAUCUACUAUUACUAUAACAUCAACUUUUUUUUACUUUCUCUUUCAAAAUUAUUAAAUAGAAUUAAAAAAUAAAAAUCAGAAAAUAUUUUUUUCUGCUUUGCAUACAAAUUCUACAGAAGUGACAUUACAGAUUUUAACUUUUAACAUUAAAAAGUUAUAGUCUUAGAUCUCUUUUAAGUCACGGUCCACUUCACGCAAAUGCUACGAAGCUUUUUUGAUUGAUCAGUUAACAAAAUUCUUUGUUCUCAAUUAAAUGUUUCGAGCCACUUGUAGUAUCAAGUAGACUACAGCCUCAAUCAUCUUUUAAAAUUCUAAAUAUUUGUUCGAUCUCUUUCUCUCUCUCUCUCUCUCUCUCUCUCUCUCUCUCUCUCUCUCUCUUUCUCUCUGCGACAUUCAAUGCAUCACGAAAAAUUUAAUUAAUAAUGUAAUAUGUGUUUACUGUAAAAUAUAUUAGAUGUAAUAUAUACUUCUAUAUAUUAUCAUUGCAUAAAAAUAAGACGAAUAUUGUAAAAGAUCGCAAAGUACAAAAAUGAAAGUGUGAAAUGGAUUUGUCACGCGUAUUAAUAUUGAUAGAAAAAUGUCACUAUGUAAAUGAAGGCUUAUUGAUCAUUAUUAUUAAGAAGGUUAAUCGGAAAAAUUCGGUGGGUGCAAAAAACAUCAUGGUAAAUUUCGAUAAAUUUUUACUCUUCUGGACUUUACUUUAUCUAAUGUAAUGGCAAAAAUUGUAAAUGAUUAAUACAUAAUAUUAAAUAUAUUUAUAUAAUUUUAUGCAAAUAGAUUUUUUUAUUUUAAUUAGUAAAUCAUACUAAUUACUAUAGUUUGAAGAAAAAUAAAUUCAAUCAAUAUCCAGAUAACACA